AUGUUCGAGAACUCCCUGUUGAUCAUCAAGCCGGACUACUUGCACAAGCGGCGUCCGGUGCUCCUGAAGCUGCUGGGCGAGGGAUUCCAGUUGCAGGGCAACCGCAGGAUCGCCUUUUCGCCGGAAACAGCCGCCGAGUUCUAUGCGGACUACGCCGAUGAGAAGGGCUUCAUGCUGGAGGUCAUUCUCCUCUCCAAGGGAGUUUCCGAGGCCUUCAUAGUCACCAAGGAGAACGCCGUGCAGGAGCUGCUCAACAUCAUGAUCUGCUACUUUGGCUCCGCAUCGGAGCUGGAACGGAAUAUCCACGUCACCAAAAAUAGCUACAGCGUGGCCCGUGAGAUAAACUUUAUUUUUCCAAACUAUAUCCACGAGCCGCACCAGAUGUUCGACCACAACAACUUCUGCAACCGACCCAUGCUGAAGCCGCUACUCCAAGAGAUCUACGACAUCAUGCAGAACGUGGACUGCAGCCAGGAGAACUGGAAGGUGCGCCUGUCCGACUACCUGGUGCGCAGCAACCCGAAGAUGCCGCAAGUGACCAACCAGUGCCAGCAGCGACCCGAUGUGGGCAUCCAGGACAAGUCGCAGCAGACCACCAUGACCUAUGCCCCCAAGCCGAGUGCGAGGGGUGCCCAGCCCCGGGCCAAGAAGACCCAGAGCAGCAGCUCGCCCCUGUCCUCCACAUCGCCGCACUCCUCGAUGCUACUCUCCUCCAGUUCGUGUGUCACCUGUGGCGGGUUCGAGAGGAGCGAGCCCUGCAUCUCGGAACUGGAACUCAGCAAGCGAGUGGAACCGCACGACGAGGAGAAGGUUUGCGUGGACGAGGAGAUCCUGUGGAAGGAGGUGGUGGUCUACGAGGAAAUCCAGCCGGAGGAGGAGGAGCAGGAGAGCAAGGAGUUCAAGUUCGAGCUGGAGGAGGAGCACGAGGGCGAGGCGGGUGGCUCGGAUGUGGAGUCGGACAGGAGUGUCCACGAUGCAGCACCGCUGCCAGCAGCUCAGGACGAGGAAUCGGAGGCGGGUGAAACUGCUGCUGGGGAGCCAGCUGAAGCUGCUGCAGCUCCAGAAGCGGUUCCGCCCGCGGAGGAGGCUCCACCCGCGGCAGAGGCUGCUCCAGAAGCACCCCCAGCAGGCGAGGAGGCUCCGGCAGAGGAAGCUCCACCCGCAGAAUAAGUUCAGCUCUCUAGUGCACCUGUUGCCCCAUCAUUUGUUUGUUGAAGCAUAGAAAAAAAAUGGACUGAAACGCGCGCCAUUCCAGCAACACCACAUCCAUUGCACCAGGAAAACCACCUUCAAAUGGCAAUUGCGCACUCGCAGAAUUUCGGAAGGAGGUUCCGUAGUUUUUUAUGCCUCCCCAAAAGUGCAUCCCACACGGCAGCAACGUCAACAGGAGCAACAGCUUUUUAGCCUCCAACUUCCCGCCAGCAAAUGGCAUUUUUUCCCCCCUUUCAAGCGCCCAAUAAAAAUUCUAGAGAAAUAAAACAAACA